AUACAGACCAAGAAAGCCUUACUCAUUCUCUGUCUGGAUAUCAUAUUUCUGACUGAAACAAUUCGCCAAUAUGAUUUUUAAACAAUCUCUUAUGAUGUUCGUUUUCUUUGGAAUGAUUUCUCUAUCAAUUUGCAGACCACGCGAUGCUGGAUAUGAAGAGCGAUAUGUAAGGGAAGACGCAAGUGAGGAGCCUGGUGACGCUGAAGAGGAAAGUGAAGAGGAACGUGGCGCUGAUGAGGAAAAGGAAGGGGAUCGUGAUGAAAAUGAGGAGGAAGAGGCGGAGGAAGAAGAAAAUGAAAACAACGGGGGCGAUAAGGAGGAAAAUACAAAGAAAAAGAGAUUGCUGGGGGGACUUGUGUCUAAUCUCGGCCUAUGAGCAGUGGAAUAAUUGACGAAGAUGUGAACUGUUAACCAGGAACUAUUGGAUUUAAAAAAAAAUAGAUGAGAGAGAUGUGCAUGGAAAAAGACUCUUCCAAUGUUGUUGUACUUUUUAAUGAAAGUAAUUCCAAGUGUUUUAGUAGCAAUCAAAACAUGCUUA